ACACUCUUCUACCACCACUGUCGUCAUAACUUUGAUAUUUAUAACGCUAUAAGACUCUCAUAAUACAAAACGAUGACUACAGAUUUACAACAACAAUCGUUCACCUUGGCGGACGACACGGAUAACGCACUGAGCGUAGACGACCUCACUAGAUCACAGCGUAAAGCUAUAGACCUUGAAGCAGAAGAACCGAAUGAACUCGAUAGAGAGGCUCUCCUACAAGCUGAGUUAGACGCUUUGAUAAAGUUUAGACAACCACUUGAAGCUUCCGUCGAGGCUUUAUGCGUAGCCCAAGAGCAGAAUCACAGAUUAGCUGAACGCGUCGAGCAAACAAGUACUCUUUUGGAUGAAUACACGAGAAUACUCAGGCAGCAGGAGCAUACGCGUAAUUUAAUGCUUAACACUCACUGGAAGGGUGCCACAGAGGAUGUACGGGCAGUAGAGGAGAAACAACGCGAAUUAGAGAGACAACAAUAUGAGGCUGCACAGGCAGAGGAGAGGCGUCGCGCUGAAGCUGAAUUGGCACGAGAAAGAGAAGCAAAAGAAGCUGAAAUGAGAGCGACAGCAGCGGCAUCAGCUAGCAAUCCUUCAAGAGGUUCUGUACGUGGUAGAGGGCGUGUCUCGGUAUCGUCCACCCGCGGUAGAGGAACUCUGAGUAGUAGUGUACCAUCUGUACGCCCGCAAAGUCGGAUACCUCCACCUGGAUCACGUAUACCAUCAUCCUCGGCGAACUCAGGCCGUCCGAGUGCUAGCGUAGGUGCAAGUGCGAGAGGCCGUGGAAUAGUACGUGGAAGUCUGCGUAAAUAAGCUAUUGUUGUAUAAUAAUAAUAAUAAUAUAUUUUU